UAAUGUUUAGUGUUGUAUAUCUAUAGAAUUAAUUUUAUUUUCUUUGUAGUUUCUAAGUUAUUUUGUUUGAAAAAUCCAAGGCUCAUAUAGUUUAAGGUACAAGUUUUGGAUAUUUCCGGAAUGGUCAAGACGUACACGUAAUCAGGCAACAUCAGUUGCUAUACCGAGGCAGAACUCUAUUAGUGAGAAUGGAAGAACACGCCAUAACUUGAGCUCGGAAGCCUUGGCGGCUAUGAAUAAGGAACAGCUUCGAGCAGAAUGCAGGAAAAGGGGUCAGCGUUCCACUGGAAACAAAAAUGAGCUGCUCGCCCGACUUGGGUACUACAAGCUGGCGGCCGUAGUGCAGCCUGACACCGAGCAGCGCACGCGCAACGGUCUUCAUCACCCACAUCCUAAGGAGGCGAGGAAUAAAAGUGUACCAAUGGAUUCAGAUAGUUUAGUACUAUGGAGGCGGCCGUUUACAACUCUAGAAUAUUUCUUUAGGGAACUUUUGAUACUCAUCAGUACUGGUAUACAAAGAUUAUUAGCUUACAAAUUACUGGCGUUGACAACAGUAUUAUUAAUCGUCGCCACAGUAGUUUCAUACUACAUCAGUGGACCUCACCAAUUUUAUGUACAGUUGGUGGUGUCGACGCUGGCGUGGUGGGGUUGGUGGGUGGUGUUGGGCGUCUGCAGUUCUGUGGGCCUCGGUACAGGCUUACAUACCUUUUUACUAUAUCUGGGACCACACAUCGCCCGGGUCACUCUUGCGGCGUAUGAGUGCGGCGCACUCAACUUUCCGGAACCACCGUACCCUAAUGACAUAAUUUGCCCCGCAGAACUUGACCCUAACAAUACGGUGUCGAUAUGGAACAUAAUGUCCAAGGUCCGAGUGGAAUCCAUGAUGUGGGGUAUCGGGACAGCCCUCGGCGAGCUGCCACCGUACUUUAUGGCGCGAGCGGCGCGUCUUUCAGGCGGUGGUGUAGCCGAACUCAAUACCAAUGACGAUUCCAGAACUGGACGGGCAAAACUCAUGGUACAGAAAUUAGUACAAAGAGUGGGAUUUGCUGGUAUUCUGGCGUGUGCUUCCGUACCUAACCCAUUGUUCGAUCUAGCCGGCCUCACCUGUGGCCACUUCCUUGUACCAUUCUGGACAUUCUUUGGUGCCACAGUUCUGGGCAAAGCAGUUAUAAAGAUGCACAUACAAAAAAUGUUUGUUAUUAUUGCAUUCAAUGAAGUAUUAGUGGGCCAAGUCCUAUCAUGGGUUGAGAGGAUACCAUACAUAGGUCCAAAACUUGAAGCUCCACUUUUAGAGUUCCUCAGGAAUCAAAAGGCUCGACUACAUAAGAAUAAUUCUACAACUAAUCCUGAAAACCAAGGAUCUGUACUCUCAAGUCUACUAGAGAAAUUCGUGCUAGCCAUGGUGGUGUACUUCGUAGUGUCAAUAGUUAAUGCGCUUGCGCAGAAUUACAGCAAGAGGUCCGGUAAGAAGAAGGGCAAGAAAAGGGAUUAGGGGUUGAGAACGCCGGGCGAUGCUUUUGGUGGAUUCGCACGGCGACGACCAGCGACGGAGCGAGCGCGCCGACGUCGGUAGUAUACAAGCUCAACUCUCGUAUGCACAUUUAAGUUUCUACUCUACACUCGAACAGCGACAAUGGUCGCACGUACCUCCGGUAUGUUCCAGACGUGAUAUUUACAUUUAAACGUAUUUCAUUUGGAGGGCGACGGACGUGAUUAAAAUCUAGUAUGUGGCAUUGGAUGGUUAAUAACAUUCCAUUACUGAUUUCUUAAAUUUUAGUACUGCCACUGUGAUUAAUUCUCACACACCAUUUGCGUUAGUGUAGUCUCUUAUUUUGCUUACUUUGUUUUUCUUCUCAAAAUAUAUGUUUCGAUGUUUAAAAUUAAAAUGUCUGGCAGAACAAGUAGUUCAAAUAAUUUCUGUUAUCUAUUUCUAAUUAGAGGGACUUUCUAUUAUAAAUUUUAUUAUUGUUUUUAUCAUAUACUUCUGUAUAUUUAAGUCCAAAUACACAAUUCAAUGAAUACAAGUGACUAAUUAACUUAAUAACUGCCCUCAAU